AUGUUAUCUCGACUUGUUCAAAACACGUCCGGAAAAGCGAAUCUUGUAUUUUCGGCCAGAAAUGUGUCGAUGACAAAACCGGCUAUGACUUGUGAGUUUUUGCGGGGAAGAUUUUUGAAAUCGUGGCUAAAAUCAUCCUGAAAUCGCGAUUUUUGUGAAUAAAAAAGGUGGAAAUCGUCUCCAAUACCGAUUUUUUCUGGUUCCAAAAAUGAAAAAUUCACAACGAAACUGUUUCGAAAUUUUUGAUGAAAAAUAUGUUUUCUAAUAGUUUUCGAUCCGCUGAUCACAAUUCCGUUGUCAAAAACUUCAAUAGUUGGAAAAUUUGGACUUUAGGAGGUUAAAACUAGCAUUGAAAAUUACCUAUGUUAUUCACUCUCCUGAACAACCCUGUGCUAGUUCUAAUCUCCUAAAGUUGCAAUUUUUGGGAAGUUUCCAACUUUCCUACUUCACAACUCAUGUUAGAUGUUGAGCUUUGCAGUUUAUGACAACGGAAUUGUGAUCAGCGGGUCGAAAACUAUCAGAAAACAUAUAUUUCAUUACAAAUCUCGUUGUGAAAUCUAACGAAUUUUCCAUUUUUGGAACCAGAAAAAUCGGUAUUGGAGACGAUUUCCACCUAUUUUAUUCACAAAAAUCGCGAUUUCGAGUUGAAACAGUUCUCUUGUCAAUUUUCAUCUGAAAGUUAUGAUUUUCAGCCACUCUUCGUGUCGAAAAACAAGGAGAUGUUGCUGUUAUCAAAAUCGAUUUACCAAAUGCAAAAGAAAAUGUGUUGAAUAAGGCAUUGUCAGCUGAUAUGCAAUCGACUUUCGAGAAGGUAGGGAAAUGGGAUUUUGGGCUGAAAAUGACUGAAAAUUUGGGUUUUUAGCUAAAAUGUGAUGAUUUUUGGUCAAAAUUGACCUAAAAUCUUGAAAAAAUGAUUGAUUCUCCAGAAAAUCCUGAAAUUCACCUAAUUUUCCAUAAAAAAUAUCAUUUUCAACUUAAAAAUUCUUGAAAAAUGAAUAACUUCCCUCCCAAAACCCCGUCAAGAAGUUUUUUGUUUAAAAAUUAAAGAAUUUGAUAGAAGAUCUGAUUUUCAGCGUAAAAAUUCACUGAAAAUCCUGAAAUUUAUCAAAGUUACCAUAAAAACAUCCUUCUCAACUCAAAAAUUGACCAAAAAUGAUUGAAUUUUCUCCCAAAACCUCUUUCAGACGUUUUUAGCUGAAAAUCUGCUGGAAUUGGUAUUUUUCAUUGAAAAUUUUAAUUUUUCUGGUCAAAUUUGAGCUGAAAUUUAUCAAAACUGUAUUUUCAGUCCAAAAAUUUCAAAGUUAUUGAAAAAUCUAAUAAUUCCAUGGAAAAUUUGAUUUUCAAAGUAAAAAUCUUGAAAUUGUCAUUUCCUUGACUGAAACAUUGCAAAAUCUGAAAAUCACUAGAAUCCCUCCGGAAUCUUGUGAUUUUCAGACAAUUUUUCAGAUUUGGAUUUGGCUGGGAUGCGGAAGCUAUGCCCAAAUUUUGAAUACGAAAUUCUGCAAUUAAAAAAGUUUGAGUCGAAAAGUAGCUGAAAAUUCUCAAAGUUCCAUUUUCAGCUCCAAUCUGAUGACUCAGUCAAGUCAAUCGUUGUAAUGUCUGGAAAACCAAAUAGUUUUGUAGCCGGAGCAGAUAUUCAAAUGCUCAAAGCUGAAAAAUCAGCAGGAGCAGUUGAAGAACUCGCCAAAAAUGGACAAGAGCAAUUCUUGAAAAUUGAGAAAUCGCAAAAACCAAUAGUUGCCGCAAUAAUGGGAAGUUGUAUGGGAGGAGGAUUGGAAUUGGCAUUGGCUUGUCAUUAUCGAAUUGCUGUCAAUGAUAAGAAGACACAAUUGGCGUUGCCUGAAGUGAUGUUGGGAUUGUUGCCGGGAGCUGGAGGAACUCAACGAUUGCCCAAGUUGGCCAGUGUUCAGAAUGUGUUGGAUUUGGCAUUGACUGGUAUGGGAGUUUGAUGCGAUGCGAAAAUUUCGAUUUUCUAGCUUAAAAUUGUUGAAAUAUGGCUAAUUUUGACCUGUAAACCUUCAAAAUCGAGAAUUUCGGGUCUAAAUUUGAUAAAAAUGAUGGACAACGCGAUUUUCUAUCCUAAAAUUCAUUAAAAAUGACCGAUUUUGACCCAGAAACCUAGAAAAUGCAAAAUGCAUGAAAAAUGGUCGAGUUUGAACUGGAAACUUGAUUUUCAGCUGAAAUUUGAUGGAAAACGUAAUUUUCUAGCUUCGGAUCGAUUUUUCGAUCCAAAAAUCAUGAAACAUGGUCAAUUUUUAUUGAAGCAUUGCUCAUAUUAAAAGCUAACUUUUAACAUGAGCAAUCCUUGGAAAAAAAUUCUUUGAAAUUGUCAUUUCCUUUCCUGCCGACGAUUUUCAAAAAAAAAAAAACGAAAAAAAAAGUUUUGCCGGGGACGGGAUUUGAACCCGCGGUUGAUUACUCAAUGAAGACGGGUCUCUUCACGCCUUAACCACUCGGCCACCCCGGCACAGUUUCUGAAAAAUGCAAAUCUUUUAUUUAGCCUAACUUCCGAUCAUGUUUUGAAUGGAAAAACAAUUCUGACAUAUUUACUUAUGACGUGUCAUUUUCGUGCUGAAAAUUUGAUUGAAAAUCGCAUUUUUGACCUGGAAAUGGUGAAAUUUGCGAUUUCCAGACAAAUUUUCAGAGCGAAAAUGGCUGGGAUGCGGAAGCUAUGCCCAAAUUUUGAAUUUUUAGUCAGAAACUUGGGUUUUUAGUUGAAAAAUCUGGUUUUUUAGUCUAGAAGAUGGAGAUUUGGAUUUCUAGGGCAGCUGAUCAAAAAUUAGCUGAAAAUCUGAAGUUUUACAUCAAAACCUGUAGUUUUCUUCGAUUUUCUCCAAAUUUCAGAUAAAUAUUGGUUUUUUGAAUUUUUACAUUUGAAAAUUGGGCCACGAAAAUCACGAUGACCUAGGAAAUUUUAAAUUUGGUUCUCAAGGCAGUCAGGACCAUUUUCUUCUGGUUUCAGUGAAUUACGGUAAAAAUUUGAGAUUUCUCGAUUCUGAUGACCUAAAAAUGAAAAACUUCAAGCCAAACUUUCAGCAAAAAAUUUGAAUUUCCCACACAAAAAAACGUUUUUUUCCAGGCAAAAAAAUCAAAGCUGAUAAAGCGAAAAAAGUUGGAAUAGUGGAUCGUGUAAUUCAACCGUUAGGUGAUGGAUUAGAACCGGCUGCUCAAAGUACCCAUAAAUAUUUGGAAAAAGUUGCAAUUGACACGGCACGUGAUUUAUCAAGUGGAAAGCUGAAAAUCAAUCGAGAAAAGGGAUUUGUUGAAAAAGCGACACAUGCAAUUAUGACAAAUCGACUGUUUUUGGAUAAUGUUGUGCUGAAAAUGGCGAAGGAUAAAUUGAUGAAAAUGACUGCUGGAAACUAUCCAGCACCGCUGAAAAUCCUGGAUGUUGUGAGAACUGCAUAUACUGAUCCGAAGAAUGGAUUUGAGGCGGAGAGAAAAGCGUUUGGAGAAUUGUCGCAAAGUUUUCAAUCAAAAGCUUUGAUUGGAUUGUUUGAUGGAAGUACUGAUGCGAAAAAGAAUAAAUAUGGAAAUGGAUUGCCGGUCAAAGAAAUUGGUGUAGUUGGAGCUGGUUUAAUGGGAGCUGGUGUUGCUAAUGUUACGAUUGAUAAGGGAGUUAAGACGGUUCUUUUGGAUGCAAAUCAGGCGGUGAGUUUGAGGGUUUGGGGAGUUCUAGAUGGAAAAUUUUGAUUUUUAGGGGUUUUUUGACUAAGAGCUUUUGCUUCCCAAGAUUGUUAAUUUUCAUGAAAAUUUAGAUUUCUAACCCAAAAAAUAGGAUUUUUCGCUAUUUUUUGAUCGGGAACUGUGAAAAUUGGGAUUUCUGAGGAUUUUUGACACCAAGAUUGAUGAAUUUCAUGAUUUCUAACCCUAAUAUGGGGAUUUUUGACUGGAAAAAAUGAUUUUUCAUAUUUUUCAUCCCAAAAUUGAUAAUGUUCAUUGUUUUUCAUCCCAAAAUUGAUAAUGUUCAUUGUUUUUUAUCCCAAAAUUGAAAAUGUUCAUGAAAUUCGGAUUUUCGACCCCAAGCUUGAUGAAUUUCAUGAUUUUCAACCUAAGAUUGUUAAUUCUUAUGAGAAUUUAGACUUCUAACCAAAAAAUAGGAUUUUUCGCUAUUUUUUGAUUAGGAACUGUGAAAAUUGGGAUUUCUGAGGGUUUUUUGACCCUGAAAUUGGAAAAUUUCAUGAUUUUUGAGCCCUAAUAUUGAAUUUUGCACAAUUUUAUACCUGGGAACGUGAAAAUUCGGAUUUUUGACUACGAAAUUGAAUUUUUCAUAUUUUUAUCCUGAAAAUCUGAAUUUUUGACUGGAAAUUCAUCAUUUUCAGAUAUUUUUUAUGCUGAAAUUGAAUUUUUGGGUCAAAAUUCCCUCCUCAAUUUAUCCUAACUCCUCUCUAUUUUUCCAGGGUCUCGAACGAGGACAAAAUCAAAUUUUGACUCACUUAAAUGGACAAGUUCGUAGAAAGCGCAUCAAUAAGUUGGAAAAAGAACGAAUUUACAAUAAUUUGACACCAUCCGUUGAUUAUUCGGCGUUGAAAAAUGCUGAUGUUGUAAUUGAAGCUGUUUUUGAAGAUUUGCCAUUGAAACAUCGUGUUAUUAAACAAAUUGAAAGUGUUGUUGGACCGGUGAGUGUUUUGGAUCCUGUUUUUCACUGAAAAUCUGAAAUUUUUGACUAAUUUUGAAAAAAUACCUCAAAAAUAUGAUUUUUUUUUCAAACCAAAAACAAAAUUAUCCCAAAAACGGUGAGAAUAUGGUUUUGUGCCAAAAUUUCAUCAAAAGUUAGCCUAACUAACUUUCAUGAAGUUGGAAAGGUUCAAAAUUGAUACAAAUUGAUUUUUUAAACACCCAUACUGAAGAAAAAUGCUAAAAAAUUAUCUGAAGUUAGGCUAAAUCAGCAAUUUUCAUCCAGAAGCUGAUAUUUCUGGGGAAUUUUCAUAUAAAAACCAUGAAACCAUUAUUCAUCAUUGAAAUCUAGUGUCACCCGGGAAUUUUAUAUAAAAAAUUAUCUGAAGUUAGGCUAACUUAUCUCUGACUCAUCCCCAAUUUACCCUAACUCAAUGUCUCGUUUUUCCAGCACACCAUUAUCGCCUCCAACACUUCUGCUCUUCCAAUCAAAGAUAUUGCCGCAGCUUCAUCUCGACCUGAUAAAGUCAUUGGAAUGCACUAUUUUUCGCCUGUCGAAAAAAUGCAAUUGUUGGAAAUCAUCACGCAUGAAGGAACAUCGAAAGAAACAUUGGCAACUGCUGCACAAUUGGGAUUGAAACAGGGAAAAUUGGUGGUUGUUGUCAAGGUGAGCUCUUCUAGAACAAGAAAUAUCGAUUUUCCAAGUUGAUUGGUGAAAAAUGGUGGAUUUUGAGCCAAAAAUCGUGCAAUUUGAAUGUUUUUAGCCCGGGGAACUUGAAAAAGGCGAAAUUUGAAAUUAAAAAAAGUGAUUCUAAGCUCAGUCGAAAAUGCAACGAAAAACGAGUAAAAAUGCAAAUGCGCUCUAUUGAACUAUUGAUUUUUCCUUUGGAAAAUUCGAGUUUUCUCUCAAAAUUGGAGAAAAUGCAAAUGCGCUCUAUUGGACUAUUGAUUUUUCCUUGGAAAAUUCGAGUUUUCUCUCAAAAUUGGAGAAAAAUGCAAAUGUGCCCUAUUGAACUCUUUUUCUCUUUUGAAAAAAAUUCAAAUUUGCUUUAAAAGUUCAACUGCGCCCCACCGAAUUUUAAAAAUCUCAAAUAUAUUUUUUUCCAGGAUUGCCCCGGAUUCUUUGUUGUCCGAUGCCUUGGACCAAUGCAAGCCGAAGUUGUCAGAUUACUUCAAGAAGGUGUCGAUCCAGCCGAAGUCGACAAAUUGACAACAAAAUUCGGAUUCCCAGUCGGAGCCGCUACUUUGGCCGAUGAAGUUGGUUUGGAUGUCGCUGAACAUGUCGCACACUUUUUGGGAAAAGCACUUGGACCACGAGUUCAUGGAGGAUCUUUGGAAUUGUUGAGCGAGUUGGUGAAUGCUGGACAUAAGGGAAGAAAGACUGGAAAAGGUUGGAUUUGGAGGGGGGGGGUGAAAAAUUGAAAAAUUUUCAUAAAAACUUGAUCUUGGGCUGGAAAACUUGCAGAAAUUUAAAUUUUCAAAAAUUUUUGAAAUAAAAGUUGAUUUUGACCGAAAAAUCGGGUUUCCUUAGAUUUUUGGGUAAAAAUGAGAAUUUCUUGAUGCAUUUUGCGAAUUUUCAACCCAAAUCAUGCAUUUUUCACUUUUCAAAACCGAAAAUUAAAUUAACAUGAGCAAUCCCUAUAUUUUUCGAGUUUUGAUAAAUUUUUAUGUAUUUUUCGGUUCAAAAUAGGGAAAAUUUGAAUUUUCCAAAAUUCCAGGAAUCUUUGUUUAUGGCGAAGGAAAGAAGGGAAGUAAGAAGGUUAACGAUGAAGCUGUCAAAUUGUUGAACAAAUAUAAAAUUGUGGCGCCAGCUAAUUGGUGAGUGAUUUUUUAAUUGCUUCAAAAUUGAAAAAAAACACGAAUAUUUGCAGCACAUCUCCUGAAGAUCGUCAAAUUCGAAUUGUUUCCCGUUUCGUAAAUGAGGCACUUUUGUGCUUGGAAGAAGGUGUUUUGGCAUCACCAUCUGAUGGUGAUAUCGCAAGUGUAUUCGGAAUUGGUUUCCCACCAUUCUGGGGUGGACCAUUCAGAUUUGUUGAUUUAUAUGGAGCUGAUAAAUUGGUUAAAUCGAUGGAUAAAUUUGCGGCUGCCUAUAAACAAGAACAGGUUGGAUUAUUUUUUGAAUUUAUUUUCAGUGGGAAAAUCUGAUUUUCUGUUGUAAAAACAGAAUUUCAACGAGAAAAUAUCAAAUUUUUCUUAUUUUUUUUGCAGUUUACUCCAUGUCAAUUGCUCCAAGAUUAUGCCAAGAGCGGAAAGAAGUUCUACAAUAAUUAA